AUGUUCAACUCGAUCUCCGGCAGUUCACACAACUUUCCGGAGGCACAACAACAAAUUGUUGAUCUUACAGGCUCUGCAAGCAGCAGUACUGUAAUGGCACCAUGCAUUGUAACUGCGCCCAGUCAGGCCAUGUUUGUUACUGAUCCGGGUAUGCCGUUCAAUGCAAGCUCUGUCAUGCCUGUAUCAAUAGCACCAAACGAUUAUGCUCCUUCUGGCGGAAUCCCCUACGACUACUUUUCACCCUCAGGCUACGCUGCUGCGGCAAAUCAGUCUUUGGAAAGCUACCAGCAACAAGUACAGCCAUUUGUCAUGCAGCCCGACGCAGCGCUUUUCCAUGGCCAGCAGGCCGAGACAAAUGAUACCAAUGUGCAGAUCGCAGCAGCCGUGGCAAUGGCAAACUCAGCAGACAUAAACACGAUGCACAGAAUGAAUGGCAACUAUGGUGUGUCCAUUGCUCCAUUGCAGCAUCGAGCUGGUUCUAUGUUUUCUACUGCACAAGUCAAUGUAGCAGGACCACUAAAACUACCAUUGCCUGCUCAGCGCGCUAAUUGUGCAACUUCUGCGUCUGCAUUUACGAGUAACAAAGGCAGCCGUUUUGCUAUUACUCCGGAUAUUGCCGACUUUAAACUCGUGCAGAUCUUUUACCAGUUUUGUGAUCCAGCGACGAAGGUGCUGACAUUGCCACGAUUCCAGCAGCUGUUGUUGUAUCACCAGAUUAAAGAUAAAACGUUGAGCAAGUCGGAUUCAGCAGCGGAUGUGACAUCCGACCUUCAGACGCUAUUUAGAGCGCUGGAUAUCAAGAACGUGGGUUCACUGGAUCUUGAACGUUUCAUGAGCUCGUUCCAGAUCUGCAAUCGCUGCACGGAAGUAAAACGUCGAGCUCAUCAAGCAUUAUGUGCAAGUCAGGGCCAGACAUUUACGUCUACUGCACUUGAGCGACAGUUAAUGGAAGACGUUGCUCCUGUUAUUGUGCGAGUAGUGCCUACGUGUUAUGAAGGUCCUAAAGUCAAGAGUUGUGAGCAUUAUCAAUGGACUUGGUGCGAAGGCUAUGACAAAACUGGGAAUGACAAAUGUCGAGGUACGAAUCGUCAUGAUAAAUGUCCCAAGUAUCUUGCCAAUUGUACUCUAUGGAAGCACAAAUUGCCACCAAAGAAUCGAAAACCAAGAGUUUUAUUGGAAAACGUCGACUCGCCGACUAAGAAAUUUAAACAUUUUUCAUAA